CCAGUAGAGCCUCAGUACCAGAGUUGGUAUAUUAGGGAAUGCAGGUGGUAGUGAUUUCUCCUUCCCUGACGUUAUCAACUUGAGGGAAGAGUUUGGUCAGAUGCCUUGUCAAGUGACAGUAUUCAGGACGUUGUCUUAUUAAUUAAGAGCAGUGCGGUGCUGCCUUUGUGACAUCACGUUUUGGGUUGCUUCAAAUAUCACGUUAAAUUUGCCUUGAACUGUCAAGUUUAAGAAAAUAAGUUCAUACUCUGAAAUAUUAUUGCUUUGCGGUAUAUUUUUAUAAAUAUUUUGACACGGCAUUUGACGUCUGACUACUGAGAAUACGUUGUAUUGUGUUGUCAAGUGUCAACAGUUUAUCAUCUCACGGCACUCAGUGUUAGUCCAUCCCAAAUGUUGCUGCGGUUGUUGACUGUAUUGAGCUAUGCUGCCCUCACUAUGGGGGUCAUGAGUUCAGGAGGCGCCGUGUACCUGGAAACCUUCCAUAGCGGCGUAUGGAAGGUCCCGGAGGACACGCCUCUCAACCUCACACUGUCUCUCGGGUUCAACGCCAGUGACGCCGUGUGCAGUGAUGGACGGGACCUGACAGAGGCGUGGCUGGAGGUGACGGUGGUGCUGGACGAGGACUGGAAGCUGGACAUAGUAAACAAGAGCGUGCAGUUCAGGGUGGCGGAGGUGUGUGCCAGAGUCAACAAGAGCCUGGCCUUCUCCGGCUACUACUGGGGACUCACCAAGCUGGCUUUCUUCCUCACCCACAACGACCUCGACCCUUACUUUACUAAUGCAACCUUACUGAGGGACGAUUUAAUGAUCACUGUGGAUCGCAAGAGCAGGACUCUGGACACCAUCUUCAUCAGCAUCGGGUCAGUGUUUGUGCUCAUCAACAACAUUAACAUGGGCGCCCAGUUGGACCUGUUGGUCAUCAGGGACGUAUUUAGACGACCCAUUGGCCCUGUGUGUGGUUUCAUCUCCCAGUUCGCCGUUAUGCCCCUAGCAACCUAUACGAUGGGGAGUGUGUUGUUUACGGACCCGCUGCAGCGUCUGGGACUCUUCACGCUAGGCUGCAGUCCCGGCGGCACCUCCUCCAACUUCUGGACCCUCAUGUUCGACGGGGACAUCAACCUCUCCAUCACUAUGACCGCCGUCUCCACCGUCUGUGCAAUGGGGAUGAUGCCGUUGUGGAUGUUCACGCUGGGCGGGAAGCUGCUGGAGGACGCUGAUAUCAAGAUACCCUUCAGUACCCUGGCCAUCUCCCUCGUCAGCCUCACCGUCCCUAUCACCAUCGGCAUAAUCAUCAGGUUGAAGAGACCGGCAUGGGCUGAGAGGGGAGCCAAGAUUAUCAAGCCGUUCUCCUUCUUCUUACUACUGUUCUUCAUAACUAUGGGAACGCUGAACUCCUACAAGGUGAUGAUGCUGAUGACGUGGCAGAUGGUGUUGGCUGGCAUGCUGGUGAUGGCCAGCGGCUACACCUUCGGCGCCAUCUUCGCCAAGGUCAUGUGCCUCUCCAAGAAGCAGGUCAUCGCAGUCAGCAUCGAGACGGCGCUCCAAAAUCCCGGCGUCGCUUUCGUCCUCCUCAAACUUUCCCUGGAGAGUCCUUAUAGUGACCUGGCCUCGGUGCCUAUCUUCUCGACGCUCUUCAUGGCCGGCCCGCCCCUCAUUCUCGCCUUCUGCGUCUACUCUGUGUUGCGGCACUUCUGUGGCUGUUGUCCCGACAGCGGCGGCUCUCCCGAGGACCCGCCCCACACGCCGCACCAACUCCACCAACUGAAGCAGCAACCAGCAGCGGCAGUUGACGCCCAGACCAAGGCUGGGGAGGGCACAAAAUUUCUUGUAAACGUUGAACAUUAAAUGGAAAUGAUCAGUGUGCUUCCGAUACAAGUCCUUGUUGUAAUUAUGAUUUGUUACAUUGUAUAUGUUUGUACUAUAUGUUACCUUGUAAUUUGCAAUUCAUUAAUACACAGUAUUUAUAAAUAAUUUAGACGA